AUGUUCAUUGCCCCGACAAAAUGGCUGCUCCUUCAAAAUAGGAAAACGCUAAUCGAUAACGAUGAUAAUGCCAAUUUAACUUCCACAUAUGAUGAUUCAAUUUUGGAGAUUUUCGAGAACUUAGCCGUCUAUCCCGAUAGCGAUGUAGUUCUCGCAAGAAGAUUCGACGGUGAUUUUCUCCAACUAAGAUCCGUAUAUCGGCCGAGUCCACAGCGAGGAGUGAUAUGGGAAGAUCGUGGAAAUUGGACGAUCGAGAAUGGUCUACAAAUGAAAACUUUCGACGUGGCUUCGGCACGAAGAAGAAAUCUUCAACAGACGGCUCUUAAAUCUGCUAUCGUGAUAACGAAUCCCAAUACGAUCAAUCAUCUAACUGAUUUCAAGGAUAAAUCUAUCGAUGCAGUUGCAAAAGCUGGAUAUCCAUCUGUAGUUCAAUUAGCAGAACGAAUGAAUGCAACAAUAAGUUUCGAAACAACAAAUAGCUGGGGAUAUCGUACAGAAAAUGGUUCUUGGAGCGGAAUGAUCGGGAUGCUGGAACGACACGAGAUUGAUAUCGGCGGCACCGCUUCAUUUCUUGUACGAGAACGUAUCGGUGUCGUACAAUAUAUCCAAUUAUACACACACACUCAAGCAAGAUUUGUAUUUCGCCGACCAUUAUUGUCAAGCGUGAGCAAUAUAUUUAUCUUGCCCUUUCAACAAAAUGUCUGGAUAGCCAUCGCCGUAUUUCUUAUUUUGGUUCUCUGCUUACUCUAUUCGUCUAUCAAAUUGGAAUAUCAUCGAAAUAAAAAUGCAAGAUCAGCAGAUUACUGGAAGCAGCUAAAUCCAAGCAAGCAAACAUUCAGCGAUAAUUUACUUAUUAUCUUAGGCGCAUUUGCCCAACAAGGAUAUGCAUACGAACCGUAUAGAGUCUCGCCUCGAAUCGUUACUUUAAUGUUAUUAUUCGCUUCGCUCAGUCUCUAUGCGGCUUAUACAGCAAAUAUAGUGGGCCUGCUGCAAUCUACUACGGAUUCAAUCAAAACUCUUUCAGAUCUUCUCAAUAGUCCGUUAAAGCUGGGUGCACAGGACAUCGUGUAUAAUCGAUAUUACUUCAAGUCAUUUCAAGAUCCUGUUAGAAAAGCGAUUGUGGAACAACGAAUCGAACCAAAGGGACGCAAAUCCAACUGGAUGUCCAUGGAAGAAGGUGCAAGUCGAAUAAAAAAUGAACUCUUUGCAUUUCACAGUGAAAUCGGUUCGUUGUAUCAGUUAAUAGAAGCUACAUAUCUGGAGGAGGAAAAAUGCGGUCUGACUGAGAUCAAUUUCUUAAAAGUCCCAGAUCCGCUUCUCGUAAUACAAAUACAAUCGCCUUAUUCAGAAAUAAUAAAAAACGGAGCUCUAAAAUUACAAGAAUACGGGCUCAAAUAUCGCGCAGAAUAUCGCUUAUAUACGAGAAAACCGAUAUGUUCGAGUAAGACUAGUUUCAUCACUAUCGGUUUCAUGGAAUGCUACUUUGCUUUGGUCAUAAUGGGCUACGGAAUACUUCUCACCACAAUCGUAUUCGCGCUCGAGUUGUUGUGGCACAAGAAGAAAUUGUCGAGUCUUCACUUGACACACAGCAUCUGUAAUAAUGUCAUCCCAAGUUUCGACCGGAGAAUUUACAAUGAUUUGGAACAUCAAAAUCUAUACGUAUUGGAUAUGGAUUGCGAUUACGCUAUUGAAAUUUUACGACAGGUGAAUUUGAAUAGAAUGUUCGUCGCCCCAAUGAGAUGGCUGCUCCUUCAAGAUCGAAGGACGCUAAACGAUAACAAUAAUAAUGCCAAUAAAACUUUUACAUAUGAUGAUUCAAUAUUAGAGAUUUUCGAGAACUUAGCCGUCUAUCCUGAUAGCGAUGUGGUUCUAGCAAAAAGAUUCGAUGGUGAUUUAUUCCAACUAACAUCCGUAUAUCGACCGAGUCCACAGCGAGGAGUGAUAUGGGAAAAUCGCGGAAAUUGGACGGUCGAAAAUGGUUUACGAAUGAAAACUUUCGACGUGGCUUCGGCACGAAGAAGAAAUCUUCAACAGACGGCUCUUAAAUCUGCUCUCGUGAUGACUGAUCCCAAUACGAUCAAUCAUCUAACUGAUUUCGAAGAUAAACUAAUAGAUCCUGUAACGAAAGCUGGAUAUCCAUGGAUGCUUCAUUUAGCGAAUCAAAUGAAUGCAACUAUAAGUUUCGAAAUUAGCAAUAGUUGGGGAUAUCGCACAGAGAAUGGCUCUUGGAGCGGAAUGAUCGGGAUGCUGGAGCGACGCGAGAUCGAUAUCGGUGGCACCGCUACAUUUCUUGUGGCAGAGCGUCUCGGUGUUGUACAAUAUAUCCAAUUGUACACGCAGACUGGCUCACGUUUCAUAUUUCGACGACCAUUAUUAUCGAGCGUGAGCAAUAUAUUCAUCCUACCUUUUCAACGUAACGUCUGGACAGCUAUCGCUGUGUUUCUUAUUUUGGUUCUUUGUUUACUCUAUUUGUCCAUCAAAUUGGAAUAUCAUCGAAAUAAAAAUGCAAAAUCAGCAGAUUACUGGAAGCAACUAAAUCCAAGCAAGCAAACAUUCAGCGAUAAUUUACUUAUUAUCUUAGGCGCAUUUGCCCAACAAGGAUAUGCAUACGAACCGUAUAGAGUCUCGCCUCGAAUCGUUACUUUAAUGUUAUUAUUCUCUUCGCUCAGUCUUUAUGCGGCUUACACAGCAAACAUCGUAGGCCUGCUGCAAUCUACCACGGAUUCUAUCAAAACUCUUUCGGAUCUUCUCAACAGCCCGUUAAAGCUGGGUGCGAUGGAUGUCGUGUAUAACCGAUAUUAUUUCAAGUCAUUUCAAGAUCCUGUUAGAAAAGCGAUUGUGGAACAGCGAAUCGAACCAAAGGGACGCAAAUCCAACUGGAUGUCCAUUGAAGAAGGUGUAAGUCGAAUAAAAAACGAACUCUUCGCAUUCCACGGCGAGUUCGGUUCGGUCUACCAAUUAAUGGAAGAUACAUAUCAGGAAGAGGAGAAGUGCGGCCUGACUGAAAUCGAUUUCUUAAAAGUCGUAUAUCCGCUUCUCGUCAUACAAAUGCAGUCGCCAUAUUUAGAGAUAAUAAAAAAUGGAGCUCUAAAAUUAGAGGAAAACGGACUCAAAUAUCGCGAGGAGCAUCGUUUAUAUAUGAGAAAACCGGUAUGCUCGAGUCAGACUAGCUUCAUCACUAUCGGUAUCACGGAAUGUUACUUCGCUUUGGUCAUAAUGGGCUACGGAAUACUUCUCACCGUAAUCAUAUUUGCACUUGAGUUUUUAUGGCAUAAAAAGCAAAACGCACGUGCGAGAGAAGAAAUGUCCGAUGCAACAAUCAUAGAUUUCUCUGUUUAAAUACCAGCAGAAAUAUACAUUCGUAAAAAAAAAUAAACCAAAAAAUAAACCAAUAUUUACUAAAUUUUUUUAUUUUAAAUUAAAAUGUGAUUUUAGAAAUUUAUUGAGAAAUUUUAUUUUUCGUUCAAUCCAUAUUUUUGCAGCAACAGCGAAUCUCAUGGGUCGAUGCGCGCGCGAAGAAAAAUUGAUAAUCAAUAUUAAUGUAUGAUAAUUAAAAGUGGGAGGUACAUACACAA